CAGAACGUGGUGGGAGUGUCUCCCAAUUAAUGCAAAUUAGGCAGGUAGCAGCGCUCAGGUAACAGUCAGGGCUCAGAUCUGUAGUGAGCAGGUGGAUGGCCGCGGCCGGUGGACCCCUCUUACCAAGGAGACAUGUCUCAGCCCAGGAGGCUGCUUGGCCGCUGCCCGGUGCUGUUUUUGCUAGCGGUGUGUUUCGAUGUCCUGGGGCUCAGCCUGAUCCUGACGGGGAUCUUCGCCACCGUACAGCUGGACGGCCGGAGCUUUGGGGACUUCAUCAUCUACGGGGGCGGCAUCCUCCUCUUCUUCAGCCUUCUCUUGUGGCUGGGCUGGUACUCCUUCAACCUGGAGGUCUCCAUGGAGGAGCUGGUGAGAGACAUCCCUGCGCCCCCCAAACGAGGCAACCUGGUGCAGCUGGCCAGAAAGUUCUCCGAGAGGUUCUCAAAGAGAGAGCGAAGGAAAGGGGCGACCAAGGGCUCCUCGGCUCCUCACAGCCUGCCCAAGCAGCCUCUACCUCUCACCCCUUCUGUGUUCAUCAGUAACCUUGGGCUCAGCAGCCCGCUGCAACCGCCGGGAUUCCCGCAGACACCAUGGGAGCUGAGCAGUGUUAGUAGUCUGUUUGGGCACAUGGAGACAGUGGGAGUGCAAGUGGUGGUGGACAGACUGGUGUAACUGGCUACGCUGUCAGGGCUUGAAGACGUGAUACAUGGGUACAUUUCUGGAGGUUAUCGUAUUACUUGACAAAAUCAUCGCUGCAACAGCUGUUACCCUGUUGACUUAAAUCUUCGCUUCAAUUCUCUUACCUCAGCUGUGACUCCAACUAUUGUUUUAUCAGGUGUAUACAAACAAAAGUUAAACUUUAUUUUUUAUUUUAUUUUUUACUUUUAAUUCACUGUACAGAUACUAUUUAUUUGGUUAAGCACUGGAUAUUUUAUUAUAGUGUUAAUGGAGGAUUGAAUCCUCCUUACUCCCAUCCUCCCUGGCAAUGAGAAUUUUUUUUCUUAAAUUAUUAUUUCUCUUAUUGUAGUCAACGUUUUAACUCCAAUGGAGCAUUCUACAAUCAACAGUGGACGCCAGGUUUUUUUUUUUGUUUUUGUUUUUUUGUUUUUUGGGGGGGGAUCUUUUCAUACAUGAUAUAUAUUGAUGUCUUAUUUUGAAACAAACUUGUGCUUAUUGGGGCCGUUUUGUUUGUAACUUUACUUUUUUUUCGUAAUACAAAAAGGGGUUUUCCUGUGUUUUAGGAAAUGAGGCCAUCAAACGCAAAUAUUAUUUCAAGAAGUCAACUUUUCCUGAUGGAGAUCUUUUUUUCCUUUUUCUUUUUGUUCUUUUUUUUUUGUUCUUUUUUUUUUCUUUCAGGGGUUUUUUUUUCCUCACGCUCAA